GAGAGGGAAUCGCAACAGGAUCCCGCGCGUCGGCGGCGCAAAACGCAUCCCAAUGUUUGACCAGCAAGAACACGAAAAUCUGCCGGUUGAGAAAUGGACGGAAUCUCAUGUCAGCUCCUGGCUGAAGUCCAUAGGAGUGAAAGAGCAUUACAUUCAGAAACUACAUGAAGAAGAAGUAAAUGGGCAAAUCCUUCUGGAGCUAACUGAAGACUACCUGAGAAAAGAAACUGGAAUGAAAUCAGGCCCAGCGCUCCUGAUAAUCAGGAAGAGGAAUGAGCUUAUCAAUUCUCAGCAAGAGCAAAAACCUCCAAAGGUACAGAAAAAGCAACAGAGUGGCCCUACCAGAGAAUCUGAAGGUAACGAUGUGAAAGAGGAAGUGAGCCACCUAGACACUGAUGCUGGGGCGGCGCAAACACUUCCUGAACCAAAGACAAAGACUUCGCAGAGAAAGUCAUUAGGUGGCACAUCUGCCAAAACAGACUGCAAACCACGGCCUUUUGGAAACAAUGGCGUUGACUUCACAUAUGUAAAACACAAUGUUUUGUUUCCUGAGUCUGGUAUUAUUGACCUCAUCUCACCAUGUCAUGAAUAUAAAUCAUUCUCUACAGCUGCCACAUUAGAUCGCCAAAGGUUGCAAGCUAAGUUUGCCAGAGAAGUCCUUAAAUUUGGUACUGGCUGCAUGAAUAUCAGAUCAAAUGGCACCAUUCACUUUGGUGUAAUGGACAGUAGAGAGGAUGCUGGUUUUGUGCAUGGUGAGAUAAUUGGUUUGGAAGUUAAAGACAAAGAUAUCUAUGUUGAUGCAUUGGAUUACACUGAAAGGUGCUUCUCCAGUUCUGACAGUGAGCAUGUGCGAUGGUGUAUACGGCCACCAGUGUUCAUAGAAGUUGUUGACAUUAAUAGCACUGUUGUUGACAUUAAUAGCACCGAAAAACGCUACAUUGUGGAGGUCGACAUUGUUCCUGCAGUAAGCAUAGUGAGGAACCGUGUUUACUCUGUUCGUCUACCAAACUUCAGAGAGAAGUCUAACAAAGUUGAGUUUGAAAAGGACACAAUAUAUCGAAGAGUUGGCUCUAAAACUGAACCAGUCAGUGAUCAGAAUGAAUUUUACCAGCGUGUAAAAGACAGAGAUGUUCAGAGAGAGGAAGCUGAGCAGGCAAAUUUUCUCACUGCUCCAGACAUCUCUGAAGACCUUGGGAGAAAACUGACAGUCCUGGUGACCAGUGGAAAAAAAGUAAUAGAAAAAGAGAAAUGGUACAUUCUGGUCACCAACAAAUUUCAAAACAGUGAUCUGAGUAACAUUGACUUCUUGCUGAACAUGAAGAUUUUCUGUGUAUUUGACUUUGACACUGAUUCAAAACGAUCUGGAUUCUGCAGCAAAUAUCUUGAGCACCAUGCUGCUAACUUGCAUUUCUUACAGAACUACAAGAUUCCAAGUGGAAUGAGUAUCAGGGAUUUCGAAAGUCACCUGCACUUAUUUGAACAAACCAGUUGGAUAUUCUGCAAUGGACGUAGCGAUUUCAGAGGAAAUGAAGUGCCCUGUGACGAAAUGAUGUGGAUAAAAACAAAAAUUACACUAUUGAGGGAGUCCGUGUCUUUGAUCUGUAAGCAGAUUUUGCCUAAGGGUUCUUUCUUAGUGAUUUUUCUCCUGACAUCUCCGGUGGAAAAACCAAUUCUGCACACUUUCUAUGAGUUUUUCACUGAGAUGGAAGGUCAUGAGGACAUCAUUUGCAUAUCAGAAUCAGAAGAGAACUACCAAAAAUGGGAAAGCUUUUCUGAGGCAUCUUGCGACACAAAUGCCUUAAGAAGUUCCAGCGUUGUGGGAAUGAAAAUGAGCCAUGUGAAUGCAACGCUGCAGCGCAUUCAGCCUCUUACUACCCGCACAACAAAGCAUUUGGCUGUCUUCACUAAAGGAGAGUGCCUGCUUGAAACUCGUGAAGAGGAGAGGAUGUAUUCUCUGGAGAUCCUUGGUGUUGACCAGUGUGAUGGGACCACUGAAGAAUUCAUUGAAGAAGAAAAAGAAAGAAUUGAAAGUUAUUUUUACCAGGGAGGAAAAGUAAGCUGGUUGAACUUUUGGCUUGCAGAGAAGAAAUAUGUUGGGGAGGUUAUUCAAAGAGAUGCCUACAGAGAGGUUUCCAAGCUUCUGUGUGAUAUUCCUAGAUGGAAUGUAGAAAGCACAUUUAUAAGCAGAAUCAAUAUAUACCAUCACCCAGGCAGUGGUGGGAGUACAGUUGCUCGACAGGUGCUUUGGAACAACAGAAAAGAACUGAGGUGUGCUGUAGUGAAACCAUCGUACUCAACUAGUGUUGUCAGUGAGCAUGCUGUUCAGUUACGAGAGUAUGAAGAAAAAGACCCACAGAAAUGUCUUCCUGUACUUCUGCUGGUAGAAGACUGUGAUAAUGAAUUCCUGGAUGAUUUGAGGAAUGAGCUGGACGUUGCCAUCAACACCAAGAGGGUUACACAAGGAACACUGUGUUUCAUCUUGCUGAGCUGCAAACGAUCACACAACCCAGAGAAAAUGAGCAAGGAGUCCCCUUUACGAAAUGUUGCUGUGACUCACAAGCUGUCUGCUGAAGAGAAAAGAGAGUUUUCAGGGAAACGGAAGAUGCUUGAAAAGCACUACCAGCCAGAGUUCAUCUUAACAUUUGUCUUGAUGACUGAAGAAUUUGACCAGAAGUACGUGACAGAUUUUGUAGAACAUUUGCUGCAAGACAUUGAUCACACAUCUAUUGUUACUCGACUCAUUCUGUAUGUAGCUCUGCUGAACUCCUACGUACAGAACUCAUUCAUCUCACAGUCCCACUGCGAAGCCCUGCUGUCGCUAACCAUACACAUGGACAGAUUUCGGCAGCACACCUUUGAGAGAUCAUUAAAUGAGCAGGCUAAACUUGUGUUCAUACAUCUCAGAGAUGAAAAGACAUACAUUCAGUCAAUCAGAAUAAUUCAUCCGUUGGUUGCGAAAGAAAUUCUCCAGCAGCUUCUAGGUAAUGAUAAGCAGCAAAGUAGCAUUGCCAUGGAUUUUCUUAAGGAAGAUGUACUUUAUGAGCACAGGUUUGGAAAAGAGGAAUAUGUGAAGUUUCUCCGAGCGUUGUUCAUGAGGCGCUACAGAAUAAGUAAAGGUGAUGAAUCGGACAGUUUUUUCUCUCCUUUAAUUGAGCAUGUGAAAGACCAGGAGAGCCCUGAGAAAGCACUCGAGCUCUUGGAAGCAGCAUAUUCACGUUUCAACAAGGAUGCCUUUUUUGCGCAGCAGCUUGCUAGGCUGAGUUACUCCUGUGAAAAAUUUGAAGAGGCAGAACAAUGGGCUGAGGUAGCUGUCAGAAAGAUGCCCCAAAACUCUUACAUCCUGGACACCAAAGGUCAGGUGUAUAGACGAUGGUUUAUGGCCAAAUGCAAAACUCUUGAAAAAGUUACCAAGACUCCAGAAAACACAGCGGGUGCAAUUGAAACUGCUCUCAAAGCCAUGGAGUGCUUCAAAAUGUGUGAGAAAGCUGCAGUAUCGGAUCUUGAAACUAUGAACAAUUCUGGAUUUUUUGCGGCUGUAGAAGUUGGAUGCAACUUGUUGAAACUCAUUUUCUCACUGCGAGUCUUUUCAAGUAAAACCGAGUGUCAGAAGUAUCUGCUCACAGAAUAUAUCCCCGAAGAAGUGAAAAAGCCUUGGGAACGCUUCCACAACCAACUAAAGAGUCUUCAGUUGACUAUGCAUGAAGCCCUGGAAUGGAUUUCUGAAGAUCUGAGUUACUUUCAGACUGACGUUGAGGAGGAGGAAACAGUUGAGAGCACUGAAAUGAAGAUAAAUAAUCCAAAGAACUGGCUGGUCAACAAGUCCUCUGUAUAUGGGAAAUAUUUUACCAAUACUUCUCUGAGCAGUGCUACACAGAUGGACUUGAACCAAGGAAAUUUAACCCCGUUCAUGAAACGCAUGGCUAUUUACCACCUUGGAGGUGGAAAUAUAACAACAAUCUUUGCCCUCCUGGCAGACCAGAAAGAUAAAGGCCAAAUAAAAGUGCUGGAGAAUAUCAUAUCUUUGUAUCCCAGUAACCCACUGAUGGCAAAGCUAAACCAAACUGACCUUGUGAACUAUAUUGCAACUCAGAUUGCCUUAGGCUGCCUCUCGACACAGUCUCCAAAGCUUGCAUCUCUUCAUGACCUUAGGCAUCUGUGCCAGCAAUUCCCAAGUGAGAGAACAAAAUGUCUGUCCAGCGCUCUGUUCCUUGUAACAUUGCUUUUCUGGCCAGAAGAAGAAGACAACGUGCAAGAUAGAGAAAACAAGUAUGGAAUUGUUAUGUCAGCUGUUGAAUACCUUAAAGGAAGUUACUUAAACAAAAUGAAAGACAUUCCAAGGAGGAAACGGAGGAUUUUCACUCAUUUCUUCCUGGGUAAUGGCAGGGGAUGGAACAAGAUUAUCCAUAAGAGCAAAGUGGAAACAAUCACAAAGCUGCUUUCUGUGUCAGAGAAGAGGAUGAAGUGGCUCCGUGGGGAAGUGUGGAAGAUGCCAGAGAUUGCGAAACAAUUUAGGACCGUUCAGGGCUGGACGGAAGACGGCACAGUUUACCUUGAUGGUCCUCAGAAAAAGAAGUUUAUGAUCCCAGCUUUGAAUUCAGCCUCCAUACCUUAUGGCAACGAAAAUGUCACGUUCUACUUGGGCUUUACGUUUCGAGGGCCUGUUGCCUACAACAUCACUGUAAAGCAAUAGAAAAAAGAGAGGCAGACAGCUGCAAGUGUAGUGAGUAAAAUACUCAAAGUCACCAGGAGCGAACUCGUCUUAGUCUGGAGAAGCACUUAUUCUGAUAGUUCUGAGAAAAUACAGUGGAAAAAAAUGGAACUCUGAUAGUCAAGUCUGAUAUUUAGCGCAGAAAUUACUGAUACUGGUCU